CGACUGGCGACGUGAUCGCUGGCGCUAUUGGGGCAGCAAGUUCCAUCGCAUCAUGACCUCAAAGGAACCUGGAGCUGCCCCCGAUGACGACGAGCUGCUCAGGGAAUCGGAGGCUUACACCGUCAUCCUCCGCAGCAAACUCGGAUCGCACUCUAUUGUGCUUGGUGCCGAAGUGAAAGCGGUGGACCCCUCCGUUGAAUGCGAGCCGGGAUCCACGGCUAGCUACGUAGAGUUCAAGGUGACUCGGGAUCAAGGCGGCUCAACGGAUGAACGGCGGGACAGUUUCAAAAGGCACGCGUUGCUGGCGUGGUGGGCCCAGUGCCGCUUGGCUGGCGUACCUAGGGCGCUGUGCGGAUACCGUAACGAACAUGGGAUUCUGGUCAACAUUGAAGAUAUUGACGUCAAUGACAUGCCGAAAAUGGCUGAGGGAAUGUGGUCGGAAGGCAAAUGCAUGCUCUUUUGCGAUCGGCUCCUUUCAUUCAUCAAGCAGCACGUAAAAGUGGACGACGGGAGGACAGUGUACCUGUUUGAAUACAUGCCAAGGUCUCAAGAAAUCGUCUGCAAGCGCCUGAGAGAUCCCGGAGAGACUUACAAGCCGUGGGGCAGCUUACCAGAGGUGUUUGAAGGCUGUGGAAGUGUGCAGACCAGCUGAGCGUCUCAUCGCACCUCGAGCUACGCAUUUGCAAACAGCUUUUCUGCUUCUGUUUUGAUUUCUUCAAAGACCGAAGGUUUCAUGUUGUGCGGUAAUCUAUU